AACACUCGGGUUUGUGCGUCUUAACCGGAGAUUGGAAAUUAAUAAUAUUGAAUCCUCAAAGUAGCUCACGUCCAGUUACAGAGGCAGAAAGUCGAGGAAAAAAAGAAGACCUUGGAGAAAGGUGUGGUUGGUUGACACAGAGAUUUACUGAGAAGGAGAUUGAAAAGAGACCGAUAAAGAAGUGGGGAGAGUUGGAGAGAGGGUUACAAGCAAGGUAUGAAUUCUUAUUUCGCGAACCCGUCGCUCUCCUGCCAUUUAUCCGGUGGUCAAGAUGUUUUGCCUAACGUACCCCUAAACUCCACCACCUAUGACACAGUUAGACAUUUUUCGUCGUACGGUGCCGCUGUGACCCAGAAUCGGAUAUAUGCACCUUUCUACUCUCCUCAAGAUAAUGUGGUGUUUGGGUCUGGCAGGGCACAGUAUGAGUAUGGAUCAAACGUGUUUCUUCAAGACAAGGACGUGCUUCCCAGCUGCAGACAAACAAAUAUGGGACUCAAUACACAAAGCCACAUUGCUCAAGAGUACAGUCUGGAUCAAGGAAGAGCAGCAGCUCAGGAGCAGAAAAGUAACAUCCCGAUCUACCCGUGGAUGCAGCGAAUGAACUCACACGGCGCAGGAGUCGGCUACGGGACAGACAGACGCAGAGGACGACAAAUAUACUCUCGUUACCAAACGCUUGAGCUGGAGAAGGAAUUUCAUUUCAAUCGCUACCUGACCAGGCGCAGACGCAUCGAGAUCGCGAAUGCGCUUUGUUUAACAGAGCGGCAGAUCAAAAUCUGGUUUCAGAACCGACGCAUGAAAUGGAAGAAAGAGAGCAACCUGACCUCCACGGUGACAGGAACUGAACAGACAGGAGCGUCUCAAGAGCAGGAACGCAAUGGCGCAAUGGAAGAAGGGAAGGAUGAAGACAAGAAGAAAGAAUAGCUCAAAAUAAUAAUAAUAAUAAAAAAUUAUAAAAAACCACACGAUGACCAUUACAAACCAACAUAACUACCUAAAAAUCUACAUGGACUCGAGAGCGACUUCACCGCAUGAUUGCUACCACGCAGCUCUCACCAAUUUUAUUUCGUGUUGGACCACAGGAGUGUUGAUCCUUAGAAAUCCAAAAUUAUUUCAGCCACAGUUUGGCCGCUGUGUUGUGUGGAGAACUGAGGGUUUUUUGUUUUUGUUUUGUUUUUUAUUGCAAAUAUCACACUUGUAUUGUGGAAAUAAAAAGAAGUAUUAAUUUCUACCUAUCUUCCUAUGCCAGGAAAUCUGUAUAUUUACCUACCCCCCUCUCACACACCCCAUCCAUCACUGUGAAACUCUUUGAUCACCUCACUAUAAUACAGUGUUGAUCUGACUAAACUCAUUACUGUACAUGCACAUUCCAUGGAGGCAAAAGAGCGGGCGGACACUUGAUCACAAUGUAAUCUAUUACUUGAAUCGUCCGCAGGAAAAUGGGCCCUGCAUCAAACUAAAAGUAGUAGUCUCCAGUCCGAACACACACAUGCACACACAGACACGCACAGACACACGCACACACACACGCGCGCGCGCAAACACACACAAACAAACAAAAACCAUAAUGUCUGUACAUGAUAAAAGUAACGGUAUAUAACGUAAAUCCCGUGGAAACGUAAUGUGCAUUUAGCCGCUUUGGUAGACGCUGCAUAACAUAAGAUCAUUGACCAUUUGACACAACAUGCUUCCUCGUGAGAUAGAUUUGUACACUAGUAAUUCUUCACCUUUGUUUGAGAGUCAAACAUUAAUGUUUUGUCAUAACUGUGUAU